GGUCCGAAGAGUUUUGAGAGCAGCUGCUGUGGGCUUCAAGGACGCUCGUAAAACAAACACUGGCAAACACUUGCGCCGCUUUGCCCGUCUCGCGUGUGCGCGUGCACGCGUGCCGCGCCGCGCCGUGCCGUCCUCGCUAGCUCGCUCGCUCGCUCGCUGGCUGGCUGUUGUGUUCGGCUCACAGCUAGCAAUGGCGCAGCGGGCUGCCCAGCUCCUCUCUCCGCGUCUACUACUCACCGCGGCGUGCCUGUUGCUCGCUAGCGGACCCCAGUCGGUCGUCUCUUGCCCGAGUCGGUGUUUAUGUUUCCGAAGCACUGUGCGAUGCAUGCACCUCAAUCUGGAAACGGUACCGGCUGUCUCUCCCCAGACCACCAUUCUGGACCUAAGAUUCAACAAGAUCAAGGAUUUACAAACGGGAUCAUUUAGCCGAUUAAAGAACCUCAACACACUCCUCCUCAACAACAAUCAUAUACGAAGAAUCCCCAGGGGAGCAUUUGAAGAUCUUGAAAACCUCAAAUAUCUCUAUUUGUACAAGAAUGAAAUCCAAUCAAUUGACAGACAAGCAUUUAAGGGGCUUGUCUCUCUUGAGCAACUGUACCUUCACUUCAACAACAUCGACUCAUUGGAACCAGAAUCAUUCAGUCACCUACCAAAGCUUGAACGACUGUUUUUGCACAACAACAGAAUCACCCAACUGGUGCCGGGAACCUUCUCUAAUCUGCAGGCCAUGAAACGACUGCGACUGGAUUCGAAUUCUUUGAACUGUGACUGUGAGUUGCUGUGGCUGGCGGACCUUCUGAAACAGUACGCAGAGUCGGGAAACGCCCAAGCUGCUGCCACGUGCGACUACCCGAGCCGCCUGCAGGGAAGAUCGGUGGCUACGCUAACAGCCGAGGAGCUCAGCUGCGAGAUACCCAGGAUCACCUCAGAGCCCCAGGAUGUAGACGUUACAUCAGGGAACACAGUCUACUUCACCUGCAGGGCUGAGGGAAACCCUAAACCACAGAUCAUCUGGCUUCGCAACAACAAUGCUCUUAACAUGCGGGAUGACAGUCGUCUGAACCUGCUGGAGGAUGGCACGCUGAUGAUUCAGAACACGAGAGAGACCGACCAGGGAGUCUACCAGUGCAUGGCCAAAAAUGUGGCCGGAGAGGUUAAGACCUCAGAGGUCACACUGCGAUACUUCGGAGCCCCUUCGCGGCCAAGUUUCGUAAUCCAGCCCCAAAACACGGAGGUACUGGUGGGCGAGAGUGUGACUUUGGAGUGCAGCGCCACAGGUCAGCCACAACCUCGAAUCUCUUGGACGAAGGGAGACCGGACGCCACUGCCCAACGAUUCUCGCAUCAACAUCACUCCCUCUGGAGGGCUUUAUAUUCAGAACGUGGUCCAGGCUGAUGGGGGACAAUAUACCUGUUUUGCCUCCAAUAAUGUUGAUACAAUUCACGCCACGGCUUAUAUCAUUGUCCAAGCAAUCCCCCACUUCACAGUCACACCACAGGAUGAGUCCGUCCUUGACGGCCACACUGUGGACUUCCCGUGCGAGGCGACAGGUUACCCCCAGCCAGUUAUCGCCUGGACUCGCGGGGGCAGCCCGUUACCUCUGGACCGCCGACACUCAGUCCUGUCUUCCGGCACGCUUCGAAUCACCCGGGUGGCGGCCCACGACGAGGGGCAGUAUGAGUGCCAGGCCGUCAACCCAGUAGGGACCGUUCGCACCGCAGUGCAGCUCAGCAUCCAGCAGAGAGUAACGCCUGUUUUCACAAAUGCUCCAAGGGACGUGACGGUGGAGUCUGGCCAGGACGUCCAGAUUCCCUGCAGCGCUCAGGGCCAGCCACACCCUGUCCUUACCUGGAACAAGGAUGGUGUGCAGGUGACAGAGAGUGGUAAAUUCCACAUCAGCCCUGAUGGCUAUUUAGAGGUAAUGGAUGUGGGCACCGCUGAUGCUGGCCGCUACGAGUGUGUAGCCCGCAAUCCCAUCGGCUAUGAGGUCGCUAGCAUGGUGCUAACUGUCACGGUUCCAGCAGUGAGCAGAGAGGGCGACACAUUCGUGAGCACGUCCAUAGAGCAGGCAAUCCGUAAUGUGGACAGCGCUAUCGAAUCUACAAGGAGACGUCUGUUUGAUGGUCAGCCUCGCACCCCUGGAGAGCUUCUUGCACUUUUUCGUUAUCCACGUGACCCUUACACAGUGGAGCAGGCUCGUGCUGGCGAGAUCUUUGAGCAGACUCUGCUUCUCAUCCAGAACCAUGUCAACCAGGGUCUCAUGGUCGACACCAACGGCACUGAGUUUCGCUACAACGACCUGGUGUCCCCACACUUCCUGGAAGUGAUCGCCAACUUGUCCGGCUGCACAGCCCACCGCCGCAUCAACAACUGUUCUGACAUUUGCUUCCACCAGAAGUACCGCACUCAUGAUGGCACUUGCAACAACCUGCAGCACGCUAUGUGGGGCGCCUCACUUACCCCAUUCGAACGACUCCUGAAAUCGGUCUACGAUAAUGGCUUCAAUCUGCCAAGGGGAGCCACUGAGCAGGCACACAACAGCUACAGGCUGCCUCUGCCGAGGUUGGUGUCCACCUUUAUGAUUGGAACCGAGUCCAUCACUCCGGAUGAUCACUACACUCAUAUGCUGAUGCAGUGGGGUCAGUUUCUCGAUCAUGACUUGGACUCGACCGUAGCGGCCCUCAGCCAGUCACGGUUCUCUGACGGACAGCUGUGCACUCAGGUCUGCACCAAUGACCCGCCAUGCUUCCCCAUCCAGUUCCCUCCCAACGAUCCACGGCAACUGAGAAGCGGUGCCCGCUGCAUGUUCUUUGUGCGUUCCAGCCCCGUGUGUGGCAGUGGGAUGACCUCGCUACUCAUGAACAGUGUGUACCCGAGAGAGCAAAUUAACCAGCUCACUGCUUACAUCGAUGCCUCAAACGUCUAUGGCAGUUCACGCCAUGAAUCUGAGGAGAUCCGCGAUUUGGCCAGCCAACGGGGUUUGCUCCGGCAGGGAAUUAUCCAGCGUACAGGGAAGCCACUGCUGCCCUUCGCCACAGGACCGCCCACUGAGUGUAUGAGGGAUGAGAAUGAGAGUCCGAUUCCCUGCUUCUUGGCUGGAGACCACCGUGCCAACGAACAGCUGGGACUGACUGCCAUGCACACAGCGUGGUUCAGGGAACACAACCGGGUAGCCACAGAGUUACUCAGGCUGAACCCCCACUGGGAUGGGGACACCAUCUACCAUGAGGCCAGGAAGAUAGUGGGAGCCCAGAUGCAACACAUCACAUACAGUCACUGGUUGCCAAAGAUUCUAGGCGAGGCAGGCAUGAAGAUGAUGGGGCCGUACACAGGUUAUGACCCCAAUAUUAAUGCGGGCAUCCUCAAUGCUUUCGCCACUGCAGCAUUCCGCUUCGGGCACACCCUCAUUAACCCGAUACUCUACAGGUUAGAUGAGGACUUCCAGCCCAUCACCCAGGGUCACAUCUCCCUGCAUCGGGCCUUCUUCUCGCCCUUUCGCAUCGUGAACGAGGGUGGCAUUGACCCACUGCUCCGCGGGCUCUUUGGCGUCGCGGGUAAAAUGCGGGUCUCCUCGCAGCUACUCAAUACAGAGCUGACUGAGAGGUUGUUUUCUAUGGUCCACGCUGUGGCCUUGGACCUGGCAGCCAUGAACAUACAGCGAGGAAGAGAUCACGGCAUACCGCCAUAUAAUGAUUACAGGACUUAUUGUAACCUGACAUCUGCUCAGACCUUCGAGGAUUUGCGGAACGAGAUUAAGAAUCCCAAUGUCCGAGAGAAGCUACAGAGGCUUUAUGGCACUCCUCUGAGCAUCGACUUGUUCCCUGCCCUGAUGGCUGAAGACCUGGUUCCUGGCAGUAGGCUAGGGCCCACCCUUAUGUGUCUGCUGGCUUCCCAGUUCAAACGCCUGCGGGAUGGAGACAGGUUCUGGUAUGAAAACCCCGGGGUCUUCACGCCUGCCCAGCUGACUCAGCUGAAGCAGGCCUCUCUAGCUCGGGUUCUGUGCGACAACGGAGAUAACAUCACACGUGUGCAGCGUGAUGUCUUCAGGGUGGCAGAGGUGCCGCAUGGCUACAGCAACUGCGACAACAUCCCACAGAUCGACCUGCGCAUGUGGCAAGACUGCUGUGAAGACUGCAGGACCAAAGGUCAGUUCAGUGCGCUGUCCUACCACUUUAGAGGGCGCAGGUCAGCUGAUCACAGUUACCAAGACAGCAGACCUGCCGACAGCAUCAAGGAAACCAGUCCCGUGGAUGAAGCCAGAAAAAGCUUUGUGAAUGUUACUCUGACCUCCCGAAAAAGCACUGAUCCCCCAGUUAGCGAAUUCCAGGACUUUGUCUCAGACAUGCAGAAGACAAUCACAAGUUUACGCAAACAGAUUCAACGACUGGAAGCCCAUCUGAGCAAGACUGACUGCACUGACAGUAACGGGCGUGAACGGACAAAUGGAAAGCAGUGGAAACAGGACCCGUGCACUCGGUGUGAAUGCAAAGACGCCAGAGUCACCUGCUUUGUGGAGUCGUGUCCGCCAGCCCAGUGCAAACAGCCUGUCAAGCUAAAAGGCGCCUGCUGCCCCGUGUGCCCGCAUGUAGCCAAGUUGCAGAAAGCAGACGGCAGCCAUGAAUAAUCCUCAGGACCUCCCGCCAAUCACACCCUCUUGUCUGAAACGCUCAGACUUCCGCCGCGAGGAGGAGACUCUUGAAGGCGUCUGUGGCCACCAGCUGCCUUGAUACAUAAACCCUUUUGUUCUUUUGUAUUCCGUUUUUUUUUUUUUUUCCAUCAGGGGAGAGGGUCAUGUUUUGUUAUUUUUGGAUGGUUGCCUCCUCUGGGACUAAACGGAUUCAUCUCUGCUCCCUGAGGCCUCCCCGGUGCAACAAUUUGGUCUCUGUGUUUGGCGUCAAAUCACAGGGCCAGUUGCCAUCAGCCUGCAGGAAAGGGAAGUAGAUUGAGAGGAGCCCGGCCAGUGUUUUCUCAGGUUAGAGAUGCUGAAAACUGGUGCUAUUUUACCCCUUAUGAAUGAAUUAAUCACUAAAUACCUUCAAAGUAUUGUCAUUUGUAUGCAAAUCAACCUAUAUCCACUUGAUAUCUGCCUUUUUUUAUGCUGAAUCACAAUUGUUCAUUUUAUGCAAGGUAAGAGGUUUUAUAAAUAGUUAGAUCGUCUUUUAACCUAAGGUGCUUUCAUGUCAUGUUAUAACGUUGUUGUUGUUGUUUUUUUUUAAUUCAAAUGAACAUAAUGUGAAGCCCUAUGGAAAUUUUGAUGCAAAAAAGAGAGAGAGAGAUGUCUACUGAUUUCUGUGACAGCCUUUUCCGAUGACUGUCAUGCUGUGAGAUCAUCAUGUUGUCCUCAGUCUGGAAAGCCGAACGUUAGUGAGUAACAUCUAGAAUGUAUCUGUAUGAAACCUUGUUCCAAGUGAGGUUUCAUUUCAUUUGCGGUGCCGUUCUAUCUGCCACGACAGAAUUUGUGGUCAUGUAGUACACACACUCCACCCAAUUGAAGGACUGCAAUAAUUACUGUUGACUUGUUUUCUGCCUGCCAUGGACCUGCAGCACUGGAUUGCAUACAUUCUGUUCUCAGACAUCUGCAUUCGUCAUUUUUUUGACAUUGACAAAAAUUGACAUGAAAUAUUUGAUCUUUGAGGGUCCCCUCUUUAGUACUGACACAUUUCGAAAGAUUUGCCGUGCUCGUUUCAUUCCCAAACUUGGUUGAGGGUGGUGUCACGUCAUUUACGUCUGCACGCUGCAGAGCGCAGGUUCCUUUGACCCUCUGACCCUCAUUCCACUGUAAUGGAAGCCAUAUGAGAGGUGGGAAGGCUACGGAACGUUUGGACACGGACAAUCGAAGCACAUUUCCUGCAUAGUGUUUUCACAUGCAAGUAGACUGAGUCCGCUGCUCAUACACAUCAUGUGCAUAGACAAGUGCCGUUCAAUGCACUGGCUCACUGAUGUUUUUGGUCUUCCUGUAUUGUGUUGGAGCAGCCGCAGCGUUCCCCUCCAUUGUUUCCUUUCCGCGGUAACGUCCCGAGCGAGCAUCUGUCACUAAAGCGAAACAAUACUGUCUGGAAUGUUCCAUUCAAGACGGGUUUUUACAUUAGAUUGCGUGUUUACAGCUCUCUCCAUGCCUGCGCCAGCAAGCAGUCCAUGAUGUAGUCUAACGUGUGCUCCACUGUGUGUACCUGACUGACUGAACUGUAUUGUUCUGAUGACUGAUCCUAGACAAUAAUCUUGAAUAUGUGUGUCCUUAGCUCAUUAAGAGUACAAUGCAAUUUGGCCCGUUCCAAGGUGAGGUGUUCUAGCACUGUGAGGUCGAUGUUACCUGGGCAAAGAUGUUUUAGUAGUUCUUGCCCCUUUUCCCCUCUUAAAUCAUUCAACGGAAUGCACUGCUUAGCAAGACUGAACACGCCUUACCAGCACUGUCCCUUUACAAGUGCUAAAUGUGGCUAUACUAGUACCUAUCAUGACAUUUGUAUUGUAUGUUUGCCAAAGAAUGGUUUGCACUGUAUUGUAUGCCUCUUAGCAGUUAGUAAUUAAAAAACAAACCAAAAAAAAACCCACUUUUUUUUUUUUUUUUUUUAAAUUUACAUACACGAUUGUUGGUUCUGAGCACCUGCAAGUCUAGGGUAGUCGCUCUACAAUGCUGAAAAUGACACGUCCCAGAUCUCAAUACAACACCAUAAUUAAUGAAUUGAUUCUGAUUCAUUAACACAUUGAAGUCUGUAUUAAGAAUCAAAACCUGGCAAAAUGAGAUCACGGGCUAAUCCAACAGCCAUACGGUCUUCUGUGUGCCCUCCCUACAGCUUCUGAGCAUCUGAUGAGAUGAUGGAUGGACUCCUGGGGAAUCUCCUCCCAGACCUGGAUCUGGCAUCAAUUUGUAGGAUGCAAAACUAAGCAGGAAUUAGCCAGAAAAGCUUAGGGAGAGGGAAUUGGUCUACGGCCGCUAGCCGUUACCCGUCGUCUGUCCCAUUUGUAGAUUCUCAGUCUUCCAUGGCAAUCCGCAAAGGUUGAAUCAAGGCAACUGGACUGUUCUUGUUUGUUGAACUUUCCACCUUUAAUCCAAAGUGAAGUUCUAAAUUUUAGGUGCGGUGUCCCUCUAUUUAUGCAUCAGUGGGUUUGUUCCCACUGAUGCAGUGAUCAACAAUAGGGUGUUGUUGUUGUUCCCCGGUGUGCUUAGUGAAACGACCAAUCAGUCGUUCACUUAUCUUGUGGCAAAACAGCUCGUUAGGGUCAUUUGAAUGAGGCCGUCUUGAAAAGGAGAGCGAGAUGUCAGGACACGGUUAUAGGCGAUGCCUCAAACCUCUGUCUCGAGACGGCUUAUCUGGUUGAACUGCGACCAGAUGUGACGGGUUUUUUUCCAAAGUCAUCAUCUUGUGGCAUUUGCGUGAGUGCAUGUUUUAAUGGUUGAAAGUGGCCUUUCCGCCUGCACGACAGAGAGAGAACGUUGUGCCGCCGUCUCGAUCGUUGUGAAUUCCAUUUGAUUUAAAAACGACCCGCCGCGAUACGAUUUGCUGCCUGCUGCAACACAAUUAUCCAAUUAGUGCAAAGGUUAGUGUGGAGACCUGUAGAUGGCUUCUUUUACACCUCAUUCAAACCAGCUGCAAAAUGUGGAUGUUGUUGUCCUCGAAGGAAAGGCAAAUCACCAACACAAUGGAAGACAGACUCACAUCUGGAACGCUCUGACUAACUGUCGGUAUACUUUUUGUCAAAUCCGCCAAGAAAAAAAGAGCCACUGCACCCGAGCCUGAAGACUGGAACAGGAGGCGGAAUCACGUGGUAGUCACGUGGCUGGCUUGUCACAAGGAUUUUCUCCAAACAUAGCAUCCAAAUGCACAUUAUACCCCCUAAAGCCCUCGGAAAAAAAUUGGUUCACCCCAAGGACAAAACACGGCAACAUUCUUUCCACAAUGCAGUGAGGAGUACAACGACCUUUACGUUGGAAAGACUAAACCACUGCACAGACGCACGGCGCAGCGUGGACGGGCGGCUCCUUCAGGUCCAGAAUCGGCGGUUCAUUUGCAUCGCAAGAAAAAGGGACAUUCCUUCGAGGACAACAAUAUCCGAAUUAUAGAUGGAGAGAAAAAAAGCCCACAAAUGCGUAGGGAUGGGGGACCAGUGCCCAAAGGAAAUAGAAUUCAACACUAUGUUCAUGUUAUUUUUUAUUUUGUACCAAAGUACUUAUAAAGAGGUGCAAAGCGUUGCACCUUGGGCCGCUGGGGUUUCAAUGGCUUGCGUGUUCGGAAUUUCUCAGAAAGUCUCCAACCGCUCUCAGGCCCGGCCGCAUAUGUUGUUCAUUUUCUUGUAUGCGUUUUUGUUUCAAAGCUUCAACCUGACAAGACCAUGCUGCCCCAUUUGCUGUGAGUUGAUAGAGAUCCUGUAGUGAAAACAAGCCGCAAUUUAGCUUUCCAGUCACAGAUGAAAGCCUCCGAGCCUUCACCAGGCAGGAAAAGACAUUAUCACCCCCACAGUAAGGGACCUCCCUUUCUCAGAAUGUCUAUUCCAGUGGGAUCAAAAUGUGAUGUGCGCUUCCUCAAAGAAUGUAUUUUUUUUCCCCCCGCACUGCACGUAUUGUAAAAGUCCAGCCCCUGAAGCAAUCCAUCGUAGUUGCAGGUGAUGUUUAACAUCAAAUCUCAAAUCGGUUUAUUAGGCAGAAAGAUGGACAGACUAUUGGAGCAAGAAAUGUGUCAAUGCUCCUCUAGAGCCGAACCUUCCCACUCAUCACUUUUGGGAUUUUCAUUUGGUUUUUUUUUUUUUUUGUGAUAACCUUGCGGAAUGUAUUUCACCUUGCAGGUGGGAAGUCACGCUCAUUUCCAGAGCGAAGAGGAUGAAAGAGAGAGAAAAGUGGUGUCCCGCAGAGGCAAAAUGGUGUUUGACUCCCAGGAGUGUGGGAGAGGAAGGUCAUGAAGGUUUGAGUCCCUUGUCAAACAAGCCCACACAGUAAAGCACGUGUUUACACGAUCACAGAUGCAAAAAGCAGGCAGUCUGUUGACUUACUAUCCCUAUUUGGACUACUUAGUGGAUUAGACUAUUCAGUCUUUGAUUUUUGUAUUUUGGAGUGUCGUCAGUUUGCUCUACCCGUUUGACGUCAGGCAAGCUGUGCUUCUCAUUUGUGAAAUGAAGCACAAUGUACGGUCCUUUGUUGUUCCUUUUGCAUAUUUGCACAUCCCGGAACAAACGAAGCCUCGUGUCCCUCUACAGCUCGCUCAGCUAGUGGGAUGCGCUACCGAUAAUCGGGUCGACUUUGAGCAUUCGAGCCCUGUCCAAAAGAACCCGGCAACGUCUCUAAAAGAUUAUCUUGACCAAUUGUCCUGUGGUGUGUUCAGAGCUUUUUGUUCCCCCUCCCCGAUCCGGUCCGGGCUGCCGAUGGUAAAUGUUUCACGGGCACUAUUUCCGAUUGCAAAGUCUCGUUCAACGGCGAGGUCGGCCGAGCCACGGACUUCGGGAUUGUGAUGUGAAAAGGAAAGCGAGCCGAAGCUUGCAACUGUUGCUCAACACAAAUAAAGUUUUUCACACGGAAAAAAUAAGAAUUUGCAACCACAAUGAAGGUACCAAACAAGCUAACAGUGAUCUUAACUUCGAUGGUAUUUCUUAAUUUGUAAUAAUAAUCGUUCAGGCGGCACGGUGUGCGACUGGUUAGCACAUCUGCCUCACAGUGUUGAGGACCCAGGUUCAAAUCCGGCCUUCCUGUGUGGAGAUCGCGUGUUCUCCCCCCCCCCCCCCCCCCCGCCUGCGUUAGGGUUUUCCCCGAGCACUCCGAUUUUCUCCCACAUCCCAGAAACAUGCACGGUAGGUCAAUUGAACACUCUCAAUUGCCCAUAGGUGUGAAUGUGAGUGCGGAUGGUUGUUUGUUCAUACAGUCCCCUGAACGGCAAGGUCAAUUCCUUUUGUUUUUGUUGUGUACUGAAGACAUUUGGGUUUCAAAUCAAAAGAUGAACAUGAGACAAAUGUCAAGGAUACAUACAUAUGAAACUAUAAGUUAAAAGCGAAGUUGAUUAUUUUUGAUUGCUUUGUCUUGUUUUGUUUCACAGAUUCAAUCGACACGGACGGCCACCGGUUAGCACAUCUGCCUCACACUUCUGAGGACUCGGGUUCAAAUCCGGUUUCGCCUGGGUGGAGUUUGCACGUUCUCCCCGUGCCUGUGUGGGUUUUCUCCGGGUGCUCCGGCUUUCUCCCACAUCCCAAAAACAUGCGUGGUAGGUUGAUUGAAGACACUAAAUUGCCCGUAGGUGUGAAUGUGAGUGCGAAUGGCUGCUUGUUUCUAUGUGCCCUGCGAUUGGCUGUACCCCGCCUCUCGCCCGAAGAUAGCUGGGAUGGGCUGCGGCAGGCCCGCGCCCCGCGUGAGGAGAAGCGGAACGGAAAAUGGAUGGAUGAUUCGCUGGACCCCUGAAAUGCUUCGGCAACGUUGAACCCCGUCCUCUCUUGGCCUCUCGCCGUACAUCAAAAUGCCAAACACCUUUCACAGCUCUAUGAAAUGCCAUCGCCAAAAUUGAGCAAAUGAAAGUAAAGAAAAGAGCUGGGUUGAAAAGAAUACAUACACACAGUUGCAAAUAACUGUCGCUGAUCGACUGCGAAGACUUGCGAAGACUGGCCGAGAGCCUCGCCGGCAGAUUGAGUGAGCGGCAGACGGGCUGACUCGUCAGCGCGGUGACCUAGCGACUUGUUGCUUUGCUUGCAUUCCUUGGUGGAGAGCAGCGGGGUGCAGUCUGACCCAGCACGCUAAUCCUGGAGCUGCCAGGAGCCCUUAUCAGCUCUGCUUUGGACCGAAAGUGAGCCAACUCAUGGGAGGGGUCGGCGGGGGUGCCAAGGAAUGUAUGUUGCCAUGCACAAGCGCAAGCAUUUGGACAUGGAUGGAAAAGGAUUACGGCUCUACAAAGCAGCCACUUUAGCUCUCGAAAAAGACCAGAGUGGCUGAUGCUUUCCAUAUAGAUCUCGUUUUCUCUUUUUUCUUUUUUAAAUAUCCAACGUGCUGUCAUAUUUGAUCCUUUUUGUGUUUUGGCACAAGAAAGUUGAUGAGGAAAUCGAGGAGCUGUUCUAAAUUUGGGGGGAAACUGCUUCUUCAACAUGUCAUCUGAUUCUUUUCUGUGGACAAAAUUGGUCCUUGUUUCGUCAGCCUUUUUUUAACACGGGGCUAGAAAGCCGAGAUUUGGCACUGUACCGAAUGCGAAUGUUUGUCUGUCUAUAUGUAUGGUGUGAUUGGCUGGCAACCGGUCCCAGGUGCCCCUUGCCUUUGGCACAAAAUCAGCUAGCAUAGGCGACGGCUCAUCGACGACAAGCGCUAUACAAAAUGGAUGGAUGGAUGGAUGAUGACGACAUCUGGGCCGGUGUCGGGUGGGACGCGGCACGAAGUGUACUGCCACACGGUUUAACCGAAGCGUGAGUUUCCCCCCCGUCCGUCUCUGCAAUACCGCAUUCCCCUUCCGCACAGGCGUCGUCCUGCAUCUGUUACGGCAGCAACCUCUGACGCUAGAAUAAAUGUGGGACAAUUUGAGCUCCUAAUUAAUUCCUUGUUAGUACUAUUUAGCAGCACACACAAAAAAUUGAAAAUCUCAGCGUUACCCGUCAACAGCAGUGUAAAGGGGGUUGUAUUUGAAUGUUCCACUUUCAGAUGCUUUUGUAAAUGUUUUGCUUUUUGACCUUCAGUAGGCUAAAUACCAGAAAAAGUUACUGUCGGCUACUCCCUUUUGAAGCCGGAUGUGUUUUGGUUUUUUUCUUUCAUUCCAAUUUCUCUUCCAACUUUAGUUUUCUAAAUUAGGCAGGCAAAACAAAAAGAAUUCUUUUUGAUUCAUGACUAAACUUCACAAACGUUAACUUCACACUUAUUUGGCCACGUAAGCAUGUUGAAAGGAUGACAAGAUCCACAAGGCUUUUAUGAAUGGCAAACAGAAACAGGAAGUCAGACGGAAAUUAGUCCUAUAAUGAGGAGGGAACAAGUUUAUUUCAAGUUCUUUAACACAUUCAAUUCACAAUUCCAAUGAAGUUGGGACGUUGUGUUAAACAUCAAUCAAAAGGGAAUACGAUGAUUUGCAAAUCAUGUUCAACCCAGAUUUCAUUGAAUACACUACGAAGACAAGAUAUUGAAUGUUCAAACUGAUAAAAACUUUUUUUGUUUUUAGCAAGUAAUCAUUAACGUAGAAUUUUAUGGCUGUAACACGUUCCAAAAAAGCUGGGACAGGCUCAUGUUUACCACUGUGUUCCAUCACCUUCUCUUUGAACAACAUUCAAUAAACGUUUGGGAACUGAGGACACGAAUUGUUGAAGCUUUGUAGGUGGAAUUCUUUCCCAUUCUUGCUCGAUGUACAGCUUCAGCCGUUCAACAGUCCGGGGUCUCCGUUGUCGUAUGUUACGCUUCAUAAUGCGCCACACAUUUUCAACGGGAGACAGAUUUGGCAGGCCAGUCUAGUACCCGCACUCUUCUACUACGAAGCCACGCUGUUGUAACACGUGCAGAAUGUGGUUUGGCAUUGUCUUGCUGAAAUAAGCAGGGGCGUCCAUGAAAAAGACGUUGCUUGGAUGGCAGCAUAUGUUUCUCCAAAACCUGGAUGUACCUUUCAGCAUUAAUGGUGCCGUCACUGAUCUGUAAGUUACUCAUGCCAUUGGCACUAACACAGCCCCAUACCAUCACAGAUGCUGGCUUUUGAACUUUGCGUCCAUAACGGUCCGGAUGGUUCUUUUCCUCUUUGAGAACACAACGUCCACAAUUUCCAAAAACAAUUUGAAAUGUGGACUCGUCGGACCACAGAACACUUUUCCGCUUUGCGUCGGUCCAUCUUAGAUGAGCUCGGGCCCAGAGAGGCCGGCGACGUUUCUGGGUGUUGUUGAUAAAUGGCUUUUGCUUGGCAUAGUAGAGUUUCAGGUUGCACUUCCGGAUGUAGCGCCGAACUGCAUUUACUGACAUUGGUUUUCUGAAGUGUUCCUGAGUCCAUGGGGUGAUAUCCUUUCCACAUUGAUGUCGUUUUUUGAUGCCGUGCCGCCCGAGGGAUCGAAGGUCACGGGCAUUCAAUGUUGGUUUUCUGCCUUGCCGCUUACGUGCAGUGAUUUCUCCAGAUUCUCUGAAGCUUUUGAUGAUAUUCUGGACCGUAGAUGAUGAAAUCCGUCAAUGCCUUGCAAUUGUACGUUGAGGGACAUUGUCCUUAAACUGUUGGACUAUUUUCUCACGGACUUGUUCACAAAGAGGUGAACCUCGCCCCAUCUUUGCUUGUGAAAGACGGAGCAAUUCAGGGAAGCUCCCUUUCUAGCCAAUCAUGGCACCCACCUGUUCCCCUCUUCCUCCACUUUCUCCGUCUUUUUUGCCACCUUUUUCACCCAGCUUUUUUGGAACGCGUUGCAGCCAUAAAAUUCUAAGUUAACGAUUAUUUGCAAAAAACAAUCAAGUUGAUCAGUUUGAACAUUCAAUAUCUUGUCUUUGUAGUGUAUUCAAUGAAAUAUGCGUUGAACAUGAUUUGCAAAUCAUUGUAUUCUGUUUUGAUUGUUGUUUAACACAACGUCCCAACUUCAUUGGAAUUGGGCUUGUAUAUAAAUACUCUCUAUUGAAUAUAAACUAUGUAUUAAAAUGCAGAAAAACAGUACAAACUGGCUACGAGUGGCCACACUAGGCCUCACUCUUAAUGAGAACCUGUUUUGAACUAUGUUAGUGUAAAAAAAAAAGACAUCAGAUCGAAAACACUCGGCAACAUCUCCCCGAUACAAAAUGAACUGCGGUGAGUGGAGUUCUCGCCUAUUUGUGGUCGGGGGUUGCUUGGUUUCCCGUGGCUGAAAUGACGCAUGAAAUGCUUGUCACACAGGACGCUUGCAGCCCACAAAGAAUCCAGCUCCCCUGGAGAUAGCGCUAAAUAUUUGGUUUCGACUAUGUAAACCUCCUCUCGAAGUACCUCAUCAGGCUCUGUGUGAUUAUUUCUACUGCCAGCCAAGCUUCACGUGCGCCCCACAACAAGAAUGAAAGGACAUCGUAAACCUGUGAAACAUCUCGUCGGGGAAACCUGUGGUCGAGCCGGAAUCAAAACUUAAUAAAGCUCAGCGUUGCACACAAUUAUGACAAACAUGUGACUUCACUGCUAUCAUGUCAAAGCCAAAAGGUAAGCAGAGCUGCUUUGAGUUUUGUGUUACUCCAGUAAAAAUUAUUUGAUCAUCUUUAUGGGCGCUCACUUUCCCCCCCCCCACCCCACAAGUAAAAGCCACUUUCGACAAAAUGCGAGGCGCCUGCCCCUGGUCGGCACGAAAUCCAGAGUCGCCAGCGGACCAGCAAGAGUCGGUACGGGGAGACGUAUACGGUCACUCUCUUGCAUGAGACAAAAUCUGCGUAUUUGAACAAGACAAGGAAGAGAGUAAAGUGAAGCCAACGGGGGGAAAGAAACAAAAAAACAUAACCCUUAAUUACUUUGCAAUGUUUUUUGUUAGUUGCAGCUAAAAGAUUCCCAUUCAAAUGGGAAAUAUGAACCAUCCAUCCAUUUCCUCACGAAGGUCGCGGGCCUGCCGGAGCCCGUGCCAGCUAUCACCGGGCAGGAGGCGGGGCACACCCUGAACGGGUCGCCAGCCAAUCGCAGGGCAACAUACAAACAAACAACCAUUCACACCUACGGGCAAUUUAGAGUCGUCAAUGAACCUACCGCGCAUGUUUUUGGGAUGUGGGAGGAAGAAGACCCACGCGGGCACGGGGAGAACGUGCAAACUCCACACGGGCGGGGCCGGGGAUUGAACCCGGGUCCUCAGAACUGUGAGGCAGACGCUCUAACCGGUCAUUCACCGUGCCGCUCCUAAAUAUUAAUAAAAACAUUCGUUUUUUUUGGCCACAGUAUGAGUCAUUUUGGGUUCAUCUGCAUGUAGAUUGUAAUCUAGUCUCAAGAGGGGGGAAAAAGUUUUUUGAAAAUGUGUUUGUUGUACAAAGUUUACAUUGAAAACAAAAUUGGGCGAUCUGAUAUUGUUGGCAUGAUUAUAAGAUUAUAUUCUGA